AUGCUCAUCAAUCUGACUGUAGCCAUCAAGGAGUCUCGUGCCUUUCAUGGAACACUGCCCGCUCUCCCCACCACUGCCUCUGACGCUGUGGAAGUGACAGCCAUGGAUUCAUGUCCAGUGCUGGUCACCCCACCACCGCCUGCCCGAGCACCUCCGCCACCUCCACCUCCACCUCCUCCUCCUCCUCCACCUCCCCCUCUCCCACCUCCACCUGCAUCAUCCUCGCCUUUCAGCCGGGAAGAUAGUGCCCGUCGGAGCCGGCUGAGGAAGCUUAACUGGGAGCGUAUCCCCAAAGAGAAGGUGGAGGGGAGAAAGAGCGUGUGGACUGGGGCGGCCCCGGGCGAGGAUGAGUUUCCAAUAGACCUCCAUUCUCUGGAUGAGCUGUUUGGUCAGAAGGACAGUAAGCCUCAGGACAGAACCAGCACUCUGAGACGCAGGUCUGCUCUGCUGCGCAGCAGAUCCCCCCAGGACAGCUCAGAGGAGAUCUCCCUACUGGACUCCAAACGCAGUAUGAACAUUGGGAUAUUUCUUCGCCAAUUCAAGACGCCUGCAAAGGAGAUAGUUGAGGAUAUAAGGCAUGGUGCUGGGGGUCGUUACGGAGCAGAGAAGCUCGCAGAGCUCUGCAAACUGCUGCCUGACAAUGAGGAGGAAGCUCGCCUGAGGAAGUUCAGUGGGGAGCGUAGCUGGCUUGGAGAACCUGAUCUUUUCAUUCUGCUGCUGGUGGAAGUCCCCAGUUUUCGGCUACGUUUGGAUGCCAUGAUCCUGCAACAAGAGUUUGACCCAGCUGUGACCUCUCUGUGUGUGGCAGCCAGAUGUCUGAGGGAGGCGGCCAGAGAACUGCUGAGCUGUCCUGAAUUGCACUCCAUCCUUCGUUUGGUGCUGAAAGCAGGGAACUAUAUGAAUGCCGGUGGAUAUUCAGGGAAUGCUGCUGGUUUCCGAAUUUCAUCACUCCUCAAACUGGCUGACACCAAAGCCAACAAACCGGGCAUGAAUCUGCUGCAUUUUGUAGCUAUGGAAGCUGUGAAAAAGGACCAGAGUUUACUGUCAUUUCCCAGCCAACUAGGCCAUGUUGGCCCCGCCUCCAGGUUGAGUGAGGAGUCUGUGCUGGAGGACUUAUCGAAGUUAAAAAGCAGAGUGGUGGCGCUCAAGGCAAACAUCCAGACUGAUGCUGAGAUUCAGCAGCAUACGCAACUUUUCCUGGAGGUGGCUGAGGAGCGGUUGAAGGAGGCAGAGGAUGAGGUGGAGGGCAUGAAGAUGUCAAGUCAGGCUUUGGUGGAGUUCUUCUGUGAGGAUGAUAGCACUUUCAAACUCGAGGAGGCUUGCAGGGUCUUCAAUUCGUUUUGCCUCCGCUUCCAAAAAGCUGUCCAGGAGAAUGCAGAGCGGGAGCUGAAGGAGCAGAAACGGCUGGAACGUCAGCGUGAGAUUGGGGCAAAGCGUCGCUCAUUAGCUGUUUGUACGGGGCUGGACUUGAGUUUCAAUCUUGCCACCAGAGAGCCCCAUGUCCAGGAGAACCAAGACGAGCUGGAGAAAAUCCUGGAGAAGAACUUGAGCUACACUUGGAGUCGUCGUAGCCUGAGAAGCUCUGACUCCCGCAGACACUCCCACCACCUACAAAGCGACGCCCAUCUCCAUAUCUCAUCGAUACCCAAGAUCUUCCCUGAGCUGGGUAGCAGCCCGACGUCGAACAGUUAUCACUCUAAUAGCUCCUCUGACCAUGAGACAACCACUGUGCUUUGUAGUUCUCCAGAGAUGGAUCGCACAUGUUCCCCCAUUCAAGGAAAUGUUCUGGGUAGAAGGAGCAAGUCUCAGCCCCAAUACCAAGCAGCCAACCACAGUAUGGAAGCUUCAUUUAGUCAUUCUCAACAUGGACGUAGCUUCACAGUCAAGCAAGAAGGGCCAGAGAGCAUAUCAUAUGUGCUACAAGACCAACUGAAGCCAACAGAAACAUGUAGACUUGAAAAGAUGUCACGUGAACACAUGACUUCGAUGAACACUGAAUCUUCACCCGGUCCCUGUACAAACUCUGCUGCUAUAAACACUGAUACAUCUGCCCUGUGUGUUCAAAGCCAGCUUUCCACUCACAGACAACGCUUUGGCCUGCCACUGACAGACAACAGUCAUCCCCUUCAGAGUAAUUCUAAUAAAUCUUGUAUUGAUAAGUCUGCUCCUAAGACCAUUAAUGAAAGUGGAAUUCUUUCUCAUAGUGACAGCAGAGCUGGGUCGCUCAGGUACCAGAGAUCUGAGAGCCAAUCACAAUCAUCCAUAAAUGCUCCAGAUAAAGCAGAGUUACAACCACAGAACAGAGGGACACCCACCAUUACAAGUACUGUGAUGCCUUUACCUGAUGAAGCUCUAACAAAGCAGACGGAAACAGAAGAGGCAUCAACACCUGUAGAGGAGAGCUGGAUGCCUUCCAGUCUACCAGAGUUUAGCCAGUCACAGUCUGGAGAGUACUCUGACUUAGCAAGUCCUGACAGGGAGUUUGCAAGGUCAUACUCCCGUGUGGGUGAAACACUGGAGUGCCACACUCUGGUGAAAGGCCUGCGAUCCUAUGAUGCUUUGUCUCCCCUAACAUCACCACUCCCAAGACCUACGCCAAGCCUGUGCUCCAAGUGGAGGAAAGAGAGGGAGGGUGACUUUCGAGAGGGGUCAACUCCAGCUUCUCCCACAUCAAAGGAGGAGACUCGAAAUUUAAAGAACCCUGUGCGUAGUGGGAUAGGGGCCAAGAGGGGAAUCGUGUCACGUGCAGGACCUUCCAAUAGUACAGGCAUUCCCAGGGUGCGCUCUAAAACUGAGCGUUCAAAUGGAACCUCAGCCCCAACAAACCCACACACUCCUAGCCGUCUGUCUGCUCCUCGCAGCAUAUCCAUGCGCUCAUCUCCUGUCACGCGGCCCGCUGCUGUCCAGGCAGAUGUGAAACGAAGUAAUAGCGCACGCGAGAGGACACAAACUGUAAGUGAGCCACAGACUCCAGGAAAGUCCGCUCUGAUCCGUCGGGCCUCAGACAGAUCUCUGCCUGAGAAAGUCUCAGGCAACACCCAGCCAGCCUUCAUCAGGGGAAUUCCUCUCCGCGUGUCCAAACGAGUUGCCCCAAACUCUGAGACUCAGGUUUCCUCUCAGCCUCACACUGCCCACAGCCCAUCCUCUGGUACAGCCAAGACUAUACGCACGGCUGUCAUAUCUGCAGCCAGAAGUAAAACUGCCAAGACAACAAGCACAAGUGUCUCGCCUGCUAGCUCUAAAAUCCCUACAGCUUCACGAAUACCUGGUCCCAAAAUACCACGGGCUACUACAGCGGCGCCACUGUGGAGGUGA